CCGCCAGCCGGCCACGACGCCCUACGAACGCGGUUGGUGGGCUGCGUUACGAACCGCGCGGAUCGGCGGUUAAACCACUGACUUCAUUUCUUCCUUCCCCUGCCCCGAUCCAGCCACAGCCAGCCAGCCAGCCAGCCUUGACUGUUGCUUCGCGGCGCCGCCCCCCGCCUCCCCUACUCUCACCCGCAGCGCCCAGAACAAUCCCCUCUCCCGUCGACAACCCACCGACCCCGUCGAUUCCCGCCACCUUCCUCUCCCCCCCGUCACCCCCCACAUUCCCCGCAUCUCGGCCCCCUCUUGCCUUUUACUACAGCCCACCGAGCCUCCUGCGCCCGUACCCGAGCCCGUUCCCGGGAAAGAUAACGAGGAAGGAGGACGGACGGUGGAGGGAAAGCGCGGCGCGCAACCGGAGCACGGCCCGUCUUCGCGGACCGCCGGCCGCGCGGGCGGAUCGGCGAGUUGGUGGUCGUUUGGAUUGCAGGGUCGUGCCCGUGCUCGUGGUCGUGCCCGUGCCAUGAAGAAGAAAGACGCGGGAGGAGGCGGCGGUGGCGGUGGAGCGUUCGUGGCCGUCCCGUGCGUGGACAUGAAGCUCUUCGUCGCCUCGCUCGCCUUCCUCACGCUCUUCGUCGCAUUGUGGCAGCUCCAGCCCUACGGCACCCUCCUCGCCGCCGCACGCUCCUCCGCCUCCGCGCCGCCCUGCGCCCUCCCACUCGCCACAACCUCCGCCGCCGGUAUUAGGAUCAGCAACAACAACACGGAGGUCCACUCCGCCAACUCGACGUCCUCCGACACGGCCACAAAAAGCACACCGGGGACGACGUCGGCUCCGGACACCCCCGCCGUCGGCACUGUUCCGAUGCGGCUGGCGAGGCCGGCGACGCGGCCGGAGGAUCCGAACAAGCCUGUGCUCACUCGGCCGCACGAAAGCGCGGCGGCGCGGACCGAGGACCCAACCAAGCCGGUGCUCACUCGGCCGCACGAAAGCGCGGCGGCGCACGCGAAGGAGCCGAACAAACCGGUGUUCCUUCGGCCGCAUGUAAGCGCGGUGGCGCGGGCGGAGGAGCCGAAAAGGCCGGUGCCCCGGCCGUCCGGCAACGCGGUGGCACGGGUGGAGAAGCCGAAAAGGCUGGUGCCCCGGCCGUCCGGCAACGCGGCCGUGCGCCCGGACGACCCAAACAAGCGGGUGCUCCGUCCGUACGGCAGCGCGGCGGCGCUGUUCGUCCAGAUGGGCGCGUACCGGGGCGGGCCGCGGACGUUCGCCGUCGUGGGGCUGGCGUCCAAGCCCACCCACGUGUUCGGCACCCCCUACUUCAAGUGCGAGUGGCAGCCCAACCCGAGCGCCGCCGACCCGGCGCCGCGCACCGUCCGGACCAAGGCCUACAAGAUCCUCCCGGACUGGGGGUACGGCCGCGUCUACACCACCGUCGUCGUCAACUGCACCUUCCCCGCCAACCCCAACGCGGCCAACGCCGGCGGCAAGCUGCUCGUCCACGCCUACUACUCCACCGCCUCCCGCCGGUACGAGCGCUUCGUCGCGCUCGAGGAGGCGCCGGGCUCCUACGACGAGUCCAUCUUCAGCCCGCCGUUCCAGCACGACUACCUCUACUGCGGCUCCUCGCUCUACGGCAACCUCAGCGCCAGCCGCAUGCGCGAGUGGAUGGCGUACCACGCGCACUUCUUCGGGCCCAGGUCGCACUUCGUCUUCCACGACGCCGGCGGCGUCAGCCCGGAGGUGAGGGCGGUGCUGGACCCGUGGAUCAGGGCGGGGCGGGUGACGGUGCAGGACAUCCGGGCGCAGGCCGAGUUCGACAGCUACUACUACAACCAGUUCUUGGUGGUGAACGACUGCCUGCACCGGUACCGGCACGCCGCCAAUUGGACCUUCUUCUUCGACGUCGACGAGUACCUCUACCUGCCAGACGGCCAGGCUCUGGACCAGGUGCUCGCCAAGCUCUCGGGCUACACGCAGUUCACCAUCGAGCAGAAUCCCAUGUCCACCAAGCUCUGCGUCAAGAAUCCGAGGAAUGAUUACUCAAGGGAAUGGGGAUUUGAGAAGUUUGUCUUCCGCAACUCGAUAACCAGGGUCCGGCGCGACCGCAAGUACGCGAUCCAGGCGCGGAACGCAUACGCGACCGGGGUGCACAUGUCGCAGAACGUGUACGGGAGGUCGACGCACAAGACGGAGACCCUGAUCAGGUACUACCACUACCACAACUCCAUCAACGUGCUGGGUGAGCCGUGCCAGGAGUUCGUGCCGAGGCCUGGUCGCGGCCGCAAGGUCAUGUUCGAGGGCGUCCCCUACGUGUACGACGACACCAUGAAGCGCCUCGCCGGCGAGAUCAGGCGAUUCGAGAACGAAACCAUCGGAUCGUUGUCUCAUACAUAACGAACAGCGGCUGGGAGGUGACUGCUGGCUGCUGGGUACAUAUACGCUGAUGUUUCUUUAGGAUGGAUGCCUGGUUCUUGUGGAACUCUCAGUCUUAGCUGAUAAGUGCAGGGGAGAGCCUGUUUUAUUUAGAGGCAGGGCAGGUCGGCUGGUGUAAAGUUUUGGUUUUUCUUUGGGCUGCCCUUCUUUCUCUUCACCUUUUCAUGUAAAGUUGGUUCUCUCAGAUCUGCUUUUUUUACUGCGUCUUCUUUCUCUUCACCUUUUCAUGCUUGUCCCCCACAUCCGUUUGCAGAUAGAUACCCCUAGAUCUGUGUAAACUGAUGAUGUUGGCUUUUUACUACUGCUAGAUUAUUUCA